UCUCACUGCACCCUGAAGCUGUGUUGUAAGGCGACGCGACACAGAUAAUUAAGCAACAUGGCGUUUGCAACAAAAGGCACAACAACAAAAUUUGCCGGCCGGCGAGCAGUACGGCAAUACGAAGACGAAAGCAAAAGGAAAUCAAGGAAAAUAUUUGAACGCCGACUUUGAAACGCACAAGCUGUGUGGGGAUUGUUCUCGUGGAUAAGUUUGACUUUUCAAAACAAAUAUAUUAUUUAAAAUAAGUUAGAAACAUGCUGCCCCAAGAUAGAAACAUUUUAAGGCAACAUACAAGCCAGAACCAGAGUUCGAAUCAAACAGGGUCUUCGAGACGCGUCGGUGGAAAGAGCGGCACCCCAAAUAGAUCCAACAACAACCAUCACUCCAAGAUGAGCUCCAACUCGAAGGCGGAUCCCAUCUCACUGAGCUUCCACGACUCGUGUCUGCGGCUGUCCGACGUGAAGCUGCUGCAUGGGCCCCGCUGGCUGAACGACCAGAUUUUGAGCUUCUACUACGAGUACCUGACGCACGUGAAGUACAAGACAAACGACGAUAUCGUCUUCAUAGCCCCCGAGGUGACCCAAUGCAUGAAGUACAUGGACGACCAGGAGCUGGAGCAACUCAUGGAUCAGAACAAGGCCACUAGGAAGCCAUUUAUAUUCUUCGCCUUGAAUGACAACAUGAGCUUCGAGGCCGGUGGCACGCACUGGUCGUUGCUGGUGUUCUCGCGACCGGAGAAGACGUUCUAUCACUUUGACUCGUACGGAAACAACACUAGCAACUCUGUGGAGCUGAUGAACAAGGUGAAGGAAACUAUGGACAUGCGCUGUACGGUGAGGCUUGUAGCUGCUGUGAGGAGGCCUAGGGUUUUUGGGAUCCGCCGAAAAUUAGGCACCGUCUAACGAGAGGCAAGACAAACUCUCUUUAACAGUCGGCAAAGAGGGCCUGGGAUCAAAGAGUGGGUCAGAGCCAGGUCAGACUUCCUCGUCGAAAGGAGAGCGAGUUCGAAGUCGAAGUCGGACAAGAUAAACGGCUAUAAAUAGAUGGCAUUGGACGCCAUUGCGGGAUUCCAAGCCUGGUCGACAGCAUUGGAUUUUGUUCUCCAAGUGUCCUCUAUAGUGUCAGCCGUAGUUGAAUAUUCAAAGAAAGAAAAAAGAGAAAAACCAUAUAAAUACAAUAACUAGUGAAAAGUAGCCAGGAAGUGAGACGGUGAUUAGUGAAACCUCUUCGAUACACCCUUUCGACGGGUCACCCGUUUGGGUGUUCUGUGGGUGCAAAUUUCCAUAGGUCUUAAAUUGGAGGAGGCUCGUCUUCCACGACCGCCAGCUGAAAUUCGUAGAAAUUCGCCGGAGCUUUGGGUCGUCGCCUUGGAGCAGUUCGGCGAGCCAGAGAGGAGAGGCCAAAGAGUGCCCGGCAGACGGCAGCCGCGUCGGCUUGUUCAUCGCUCCGCGUAUGCGUCCAUACCCCGUGCGCAUGGGAGGAGGCAAAGAAAAAAAAGUGUUCUUCAGUGGCGACAAAUAGUGGCAGAUCGAGGGCCCAAAUCGGAAGCGCUUCGUCGAUGGAGGUUCCUGUAAGUCGUUCAAUUGAAUAAAUAAAAUAUGUAUAUGAAAGUUCGAAAAAUAUAUAAAAAUAUGAAAGUUCGCCACGGGAGCGCACCCAAUUAGUGGGUUGAAAAGAGAGGGCAUCAGAAAGUCACCUCUUGAUUCUUUUCCCUACGCCUCUCGUACAUUACACCUUCUCUUUUGGUGGAUCGCUAUGCCAGCAAUUGCUCACAUAAAAUUUUCUUACAUUUUUUUCUUUUCACUCCUAUUCAAAUCAUCUGUUCUCUCUCAUAUCUAGCCUAAGCUUCUUAUUUAUUUACAGUACUUUACGCAAAUUAUUUAAAAUUAAGUCGUAGCCAAUACUCGGGAAGGGCAAAUGAGAACAUUAAAUUACUGGGGAUCACUAAUUUUAGUCAUUAGAAAUAAAUAAACGUUUAUAAUGUCUGAGUAGAA